GAGUCUGGGUGACCGAUUGGCUGUUUUGAUCUUGUGGCCCGUAGCGGACCCGGGACAAAGAAAGCGCCCUUGCGCGAGCAGACAGGGCUGGCGGGAUUGUAUCAACGUUGGGGAAGCGGCCGCAGUCGCCCCUGCAAAUACUGAGUGAAGAAUGAUGUCUGUACGUCAAUCUGGAUUGUCCCUUCUUCUUCAGCGAAGUGCAAAGGUUGCAUCAGAGGCUGUGGAGAGCCCAGUGACCUUUGAAGAUGUGGCUGUGCAUUUCACAGCUGGGCAAGCGGCUCUGCUGGAUCCUAACCAAAGAGCCUUAUAUAAGGAUGUUAUGGUGGAAAAUUAUGAGAAUGUGGUCUCUUUGGGAUUUCUGGCUUCAAAGCCGGAGCUCAUUGCUCAGCUGGAACAUGGAGACAUGCCGUGGUUGCCGGAUUCUGAGGGCUUGGAAGAAGCAAAGAUUUCCCACACUGGUUCAGAAGGAUUUCUUGUCCCAGAACUUGAAGAUAUUACUCAGCUGGAACAAGAAGCCCCUAGGGUGACCAUUUGCCAGGAAGAAACAAAGAUUGUGGGCGCCAGCGCAGGAAAAAAUUUAGAAAGGAAGAAUAUGUGCCGUGUAUGUGGAAAAUGUUUUACUCAGAAACGGACUCUUGCCAGGCACCGUCAAGUCCAUCUGGGACAUAAACCAUAUAAGUGCUUGAGGUGUGGGAAAUGGUUUCCUCACCAAUCGCAGCUUUUGAGGCACAAGAGAAUCCACACAGGAGACAAACCCUAUAAAUGUCUGGAAUGUGGGAAGCGAUUUUCUCAGCAGCAUCACCUCAUUAGCCACAAGAGAAUCCACACUGGAGAUAAACCAUAUAAAUGUCUGGAAUGUGGGAAGCGAUUUUCUCAGCAGCCUAACCUCAUAAGGCACAAGAGAAUCCACACUGGAGAGAAACCUUAUAAAUGUAUGGAGUGUGGGAAAUGUUUUGCAUAUUCCGCAGCCUUCUUGAACCACACGAGAACUCAUACAGGAGAUAAGCCGUAUAGAUGCAUGGAAUGUGGAAAAUGUUUUGCAUAUUUCUCAGCUUUCUUGACCCACAAGAGAACUCACACAGGAGAAAAACCCUAUCAAUGCAUGGAGUGUGGAAAAUGUUGUUCUCAAAAAACUCACCUUCUGAACCAUCAGAGACUUCACACAGGAGACAAACCCUAUAAAUGUUUGGAAUGCGGGAAGCAAUUUUCUCAGCAGCCUCACCUCAUAAGCCACAAGAAAAUCCACACUGGAGAAAAACCCUAUAAAUGCUUGGAGUGUGGGAAAUGUUUUGCUCACCAGUCAGGGUUUGUGAAACACCAGACUGUCCAUGGUGGAGAGAAACCCUAUCAGUGUUUGAAAUGCAAGAAAUGUUUUGCUCGCCCGUCAUACCUUGUCAAUCACCAGAGAAUCCACACGGGAGAAAAACCUUAUAAGUGCUCUGAGUGUGAAAAAUGUUUUUCUCAAAAAGCUCACCUUCUGAACCAUCAGAGACUCCACACAGGAGAAAAACCAUACAAAUGUAUGGAGUGCGAAAAGUGUUUUGCUGAUUCCUCAACUUUUGCAAAACACCAAAGAUUUCACACAGGAGAGAAACCCUAUAAAUGCAUGGAGUGUGGAAAAUGUUUUGCAUAUAGCUCAGCCUUUUUGAUACACAAGAGAACCCACACUGGAGAGAAACCUUACAAAUGUUCAGAGUGUGGGAAAUGCUUUGGUCGUCAAUCCUACCUUGCAAAACAUAGGAGAAUUCACACAGGAGAGAGAAGUUAUAAGUGCACAGUGUGUGGAAAAUGCUUUGCUGACAAAUCUACCCUUGUGAUACAUGGGAGAGUCCACACCGGAGAAAAACCAUAUAAGUGCACAGUGUGUGGGAAAUGUUUUGCUUAUAGGUCAGUUUGUAUGAAACACCAGAGAAUUCACACUGGAGAAAAACCUAAUAAAUGUUCAGAGUGUGGGAAGUGUUUUUCUCAACGACCAGAUCUUAUGAUCCAUAAGAGAGUCCACACUGGGGAGAAACCAUACAAAUGUUUGGAAUGUGGGAAAUGUUUUGGUUACAAAUCAUAUCUUGUGGAUCAUCAUAGGCUCCACACAGGGGAAAAACCUUAUAAGUGCUCAGAGUGUGGUAAAUGUUUUGUUCAGCAAUCAAACUUUGUGACACAUCAAAGAGUCCAUACAGGGGAGAAACCAUAUGAAUGUCCACAGUGUGGUAAAUGUUUCACACAACAAUCAAACUUAGUGAUACACAAAAGGGUGCACACAGGCGAAAAACCUUAUGAGUGCCUCAAGUGUAGGAAAUCUUUUUCUCGUUGCUCAAGCUUUCUAAAACACCAGAAAUCCCACACAGGAGAGAAACCUUACGAGUGCUUGCAAUGUGGGAAAUGUUUUGCUCACCAGUCAGACCUUCAGCAACACAAGAGAGUCCACACUGGAGAGAAACCUUAUAAAUGCUCAGAAUGUGUGAAAUGUUUUGCUCACCGUUCAGCGUAUGUGAAACAUCAGAUGGUCCACACAGGAGAGAAACCUUAUAAAUGUUGGGAGUGUGGGAAAAGUUUUGCUCGCCAGUCAAGUUUUUCAGCACACCAAAGAGUCCAUACGGGAGAGAAACCCUAUAAAUGUUUGGAGUGUGGGAAGUGUUUUGCUCAACACUCAAACCUUGCUACACAUAAGAGAGUCCACACAGGAGAAAAACCUUACGAGUGUCUUGAUUGUGGGAAAUGUUUUGCUCAGCGACCCCACCUAGCAAUUCACCAGACAAUCCACACACGAGAGAAGCAGUGUAAACGUUUAGAGUGUGGAGAGAGACCCUAUGGAUGCUUGGAGUGUGGGAAGUGUUUUGCUCGAAAAUCAUUACUUGUUAUACAUCAAAGAGUCCACACAGGAGAGAAACCUUACAAAUGCUUGGAAUGUGGCAAGUGUUUUGCACAAAGGUCACACCUUUUGACUCACCAUAGUGUCCACACUGGAGAGAAACCUUAUAAAUGCCCUGAGUGUGGGAAAUGUUUUUCUCAAAAAGCUCACCUUCUGAACCAUCAGAGACUCCACACAGGAGAAAAACCAUACAAAUGUAUGGAGUGCGAAAAGUGUUUUGCUGAUUCCUCAACUUUUGCAAAACACCAGAGAUUUCACACAGGAGAGAAACCCUAUAAAUGCAUGGAGUGUGGAAAAUGUUUUGCAUAUAGCUCAGCCUUUUUGAUACACAAGAGAACCCACACUGGAGAGAAACCUUACAAAUGUUCAGAGUGUGGGAAAUGCUUUGGUCGUCAAUCCUACCUUGCAAAACAUAGGAGAAUUCACACAGGAGAGAGAAGUUAUAAGUGCACAGUGUGUGGAAAAUGCUUUGCGGACAAAUCUACCCUUGUGAUACAUGGGAGAGUCCACACCGGAGAAAAACCAUAUAAGUGCACAGUGUGUGGGAAAUGUUUUGCUUAUAGGUCAGUUUGUAUGAAACACCAGAGAAUUCACACUGGAGAAAAACCUAAUAAAUGUUCAGAGUGUGGGAAGUGUUUUUCUCACCGACCAGAUCUUUUGAUCCAUAAGAGAGUCCACACUGGGGAGAAACCAUACAAAUGUUUGGAAUGUGGGAAAUGUUUUGGUUACAAAUCAUAUCUUGUGGAUCAUCAUAGGCUCCACACAGGGGAAAAACCUUAUAAGUGCUCAGAGUGUGGUAAAUGUUUUGUUCAACAAUCAAACUUUGUGACACAUCAAAGAGUCCAUACAGGGGAGAAACCAUAUGAAUGUCCACAGUGUGGUAAAUGUUUCACACGACAAUCAAACUUAGUGAUACACAAAAGGGUGCACACAGGCGAAAAACCUUAUGAGUGCCUCAAGUGUAGGAAAUCUUUUUCUCGUUGCUCAAGCUUUCUAAAACACCAGAAAUCCCACACAAGAGAGAAACCUUACGACUGUCUUGAUUGUGGGAAAUGUUUUGCUCAACGACCCCACCUAGCAAUUCACCAGACAAUCCACACACGAGAGAAGCAGUGUAAAUGUUCAGUGUGUGGAAAAUGUUUUGCUCAUAAAUCGCUUCUUGUUAACCAUCAAAGAGUCCAUACAGGAGAAAAACCUUAUAAAUGCUUGGCAUGUGGGAAGUGUUUUGCACAAAAGCCACACCUUGUGACUCACCGUAGAGUCCACACGGGGGAGAAACCUUAUAAAUGCCCUCAUUGUGAGAAAUGUUUUUCUCAUCGUCCACAUCUUAUGAUUCACCAGAAGGUUCACAUGGAAGGCAAACGAAAACGAAGGACCCAUUCAGUGCAUCUCUUGAUGGUUGAACACUCCUCCUCUAAGAGUGGGAAACGGCAGAAAAGCAACUCAGGAAAGAAAAUCAUAUGAAUAGCUCACUUGUGGAGAAAAGAUUAUGCCCGACAAAGGUCCUCAUUUGUCAUCAUUCCACCUCAAGAGGAUAGCUCAGUGGAGGCACCAGAAGAUUCGUUCAGAGAGAGAGAGAGAGAGAGAGAGAGAGAGAGAGACUUUGAUUUAAGAUACAGUUUUCAUAGGAAGAAACUAUCUGAAUAGGGUAAAUUUGUUUAUAUUUAUUUUAUUACACUUGUAUUCCGCUCUCCCUGCGAAUCAGGUUCAGAGCAGAUCCCAUCAGAAAUGUAAAACAAGUAGCAUAAUAAUUAAAACACUUCAAGUAAGAACAUCGUGGCAUUCUUGUUGCACAAUCCCUCAAUAUGCAAAGGCCUGUGGGGCAGAUGGCUAGCUGCCUGAUAUUCA